AUGGGUUGGUUAUGGGGAGGGAAAAAGGAGGAUAAUGGUAGUGCAGAGAAGGACAGUAAUAAGGAGGCAACAACGUCAAAGGAGGCGACAUCGGCGGCCAGAGUCGAGGAAGUUGAUCCGAAUGACGGCCGGAAGGUAGCGGAUGCUCAUAAAGAAGCUAUUCAGUCGUGCAAGCAUCUCAAGGAUCGAUACGACCAAUGCUUCAACAACUGGUACCGGCAUGCGUUCCUCCGAGGGGAUCUAGCUCUCUCUUGUGAUGAGUACUUCGAGGAGUAUCGUGCAUGCCUGGUGGAGGAUAUGGAGGCUCGAGGACUCGGCCACUUGUGUAUGUUCGGGCCGGACAAACCAGCCGAUUUUGACGAAGGCGAUGGCUGA